UGUUAAGGUGCAGGUUGGUUGAGUACCAAAACAAAUAUAUAUAUACGUUAGGAUCAGAGUUGCCCACGUGCCAUCCCAUCAGAACGAGCCAUCGACCGGCCCAUCGAUCGAUGCAACGUAAAAGUGAUGACCCAGGGAAUUAUCCAGCUGAGGUGGCAACGUGCGCAAAGCCAAGCGAACGACAACGGAUCGGACGACAUCGAUGCAGACUUUGACCGGGACCGUUUUGCUGAGUUGAUAGAUUUAGUUAAUAAAAGGUUUAGCGGUAGGAAAAUUCAAUCAGUUUCGAGUGAGAAGUGAAUGAUACUUAUUGUAACUUAUAAUUAGUGGAAUAAAAUUAUUUUUUUAUUGAACUCUGAUCCUUCAGAUCAUUUCUGGCGCAGUCGUGUAGUCAAAUGGUAAAACUUAGUGUGAAGUGUUAGUGCAGAGCGAAUAUCGGCUAUCAUAAUCAACGAGUUUUAAAAGAGGAGCAAUUCUACGCUCAAUCGAGGGCUCUAGUAGUCCAGCAUUCAGCUGUCGUGGAGCGGAUAUCCAGGAUUUGAGGCUACCGGAGGAUUGUUCCCGCCAUUUGGAACCCGUAUCUCAACUUCACUCGGACUCCCUGAUGAAAAUCAUCUUAUUAAUCUUCAUCCACCUGAUAAAUGCGACUACAUAUAAGGAAAUAUCGAAUAACAAUGGCAUGGUAGCCAUAAAAACAAAAACAGUACGGAUAAGGAUAGGAUACGAUAGGACACUACAUAAGAUUAGUUUGGAAUCACUAGAAGAUAACAUCAAAUACAUAGAAAAAAUCAUACACUCAUUUAAAACCGUUGAGCACUUAGAGCAAACCCUACAGGAAAAGUUAACAAUAGCUAAGGAAAAACUUUUUAGUUUAAGCCCAAGUAGAACAAAAAGAGCACUGAUAAACGUCCUCGGAACAGCAAUUAAAUUCAUUGCGGGUAAUCCCGAUAACGAGGAUCUUGAGAUCAUACACGAAGGAUUAGGGAUAUUGAAGAACCAGGAGAAUAAGUUAGUACAAAACCAAAUCAAGCAAAUCCAAAUUAACGAACUUUAUAAAAACAAAAUCAAUAACAUAACAGAUUCCUUGAGGAAAAUUAGUACUACAAUCUCUAGAGAAUUCAACACAGUACAAAACCUUAGAUCAGACUUGGAGUUCAUUAAUCUCAUUUGGAAUACAGAUAGAAUAAUUCAUAUAUUAGAAUCUAUAGAAGAACAAGUCGAGUUCUCCAGAUUAGGUCUCAUAAAUAAGAACAUCCUCUCGUUAGAUGACAAGCAGGCAAUCGCAGGGAAACUUAGGAAGCAAAACAUCCACCUUAACUAUCUUGACGAAAUAUUUCAGUAUUGCUCAGCAACUACCGGCAUCAACGGCGGACAAGCGAUGGUACUUGUGAAAACCCCAGUACUAGACGACAAGGACUUCGACCUCCUGGAGCUCCACACGUUGAAGGUCAACAAUUCGAGGAUAAAAACCGACAUAAACCUGGUGGCAAAGCACGGCAAUCUGAUCUACGCCCAAACGACAAAAUGCGACAUUUGUGAAGGUACCAAGCUGAUCGAGGACGAAUGCAUCUACAAUAUCUUAACGCAUCAAACACCAAAAUGCACACUCAAAACUCACAAGAAGGAUGCCAAAAAGAACCACGUCGAGGCACUGAUGCUUAGAACAAAGAAGCUAGAAGAAGUAGAAGCAACCGAUGGUUCGAACAGUCAAACAACAAGAAAGGACCCCGGACAGAACUGUUUCGUCCUUGCUUUCCUUUACAAGAAAACUCACAAGAAGGAUGCCAAAAAGACCCACGUCGAGACACUGAUGCUUAGAACAAAGAAGCUAGAAGAAGUAGAAGCAACCGAUGGUUCGAACAGUCAAACAACAAGAAAGGACCCCGGACAGAAGCGUCUGAAACUCAUCCCAGAACCAAGGUUCGAGCUCCUGAAACAUCAAACGAGGACGCUUGAUACUUGAGGGGAGGCGUUAGGAUCAGAGUUGCCCACGUGCCAUCCCAUCAGAACGAGCCAUCGACCGGCCCAUCGAUCGAUGCAACGUAAAAGUGAUGACCCAGGGAAUUAUCCAGCUGAGGUGGCAACGUGCGCAAAGCCAAGCGAACGACAACGGAUCGGACGACAUCGAUGCAGACUUUGACCGGGACCGUUUUGCUGAGUUGAUAGAUUUAGUUAAUAAAAGGUUUAGCGGUAGGAAAAUUCAAUCAGUUUCGAGUGAGAAGUGAAUGAUACUUAUUGUAACUUAUAAUUA